CAGUACUUUUACCCGAUGCCCAUCGCUUGGCCACGCCCAUACGGCCUCCGUCGCCCCACCAAGUAUAUAAGUCUCUCACACAGGACCAGCAGCACCACAAGACCAAGCAUCACCACAAUGAUAGCUAAGACCGCCGUCGUGCUGGCCCUGGUGGCCGUGGCUGUAGCUGCCCCCACCCAGCCCUCCUACGGCUACACCCCAGCACCAGCCUACGAGGAGCCAGCCAAGUACGACUUCAACUACGCUGUGAAGGACGACUACUCUGGCAACGACUUCGGUCACCAGGAGUCCCGUGACGGCUACAACACCCAGGGCUCCUACUACGUGCUGCUUCCCGACGGUCGUCUUCAGAAGGUGGCUUACACUGUCAACGGCGACUCCGGCUACGUGGCCGAGGUGACCUACGAGGGUGAGGCUCAGUACCCUGCAGCCCAGCCCUCCUACACCCCAGCUCCUGCCUACGGCUAAAUGAAGAAUCUAAUGCUAUUUAUGAUUUUAUUUAUUAAAUUGUCAAUUAUAAAAA